CGAAGCAGUCGCUAAUAAAAUGGAGCCAUCUUUGAAAUACCAAUUUUGAAACAGCGCAACGAUUGCCCAAUUUUAGAGUUUGGUAUGGAGACGCGCCGCCUUACGACGCCGAUGCUCAUCGACGACGACGAUGACGACAUGGGGCUUCCGCUCGAGGGGCCUGCGCCGGGUGCACGCAAAGAUCCUGCGGGCCCCGAGUCGGCCAACAUUUUUCCGCGGUGGCUCGUCGAGCGCAAGGACUUUCAAACGUUCUUUCCGCGCUUCUCCAACAAGGUGAUUGUCGAAGACGACAAGCUCCGACUCGCAGCACAGAAAGACCCGGACGCGCGCAACGGCAUUGACAUUCAGCUCCUCUCCAAGUGGCUCGUCAACGUGCCGGCGCUCAAGUCGCUCAACGUGCCGCAGGCCGGCGAACUCGCCAAGCGCAUGCGCUGGGCGUCGUUUGAGCCACUCGAAUUUGUGUUCCACAAAGGCGACAUUGGCGACGCCUGCUAUAUCCUCGUCACGGGCGAAGUGUUUGUGGUUGUCAACAACGAACGCGUUGGGACACUCAAGAAGGGCAUGAGCUUUGGCGAAGUCGCGCUCGAGCUCGAGGAUGCGCGCCGCACCGCCGACAUUCAAGCGAGCGAGCGCGGCGCCGAGCUCCUCGUCAUUCGCGGCGAAGACUACCAAAAGAACGUGUUUCGCUACCAAGCCAAGCGCCGCAAGAAGCUCACGCGCUGGCUUCGGAACGACAUUGCGAUAUUUCGCGAUUUUUCCGACAACAAACUUCGGUAUUUCGAGUCGGUCUCGAUCGACCUCUUUUUGCACGCGGGCAACUGCGUCUACAUGGAAGGCGAAGACGUCGGCGCCCUCUACUUUAUCAAAUCCGGGUCCAUCUCGCUCGAGAAGAACGUGCUCUUUGAAACCAAGCACCGACGCCCCGUGACCGUACAUUCGUGGGUCGUCCAGUCCCACAAGACUAGCGUCCAAGUCCCUUGCUUUAAUGUCGAAGCCACGGGCUGUUUUGGUAUGGAAUUUUUCGUCCAACUACCCACGCGGAGUCAUACUGCGGUCGUGCUUACCGACACGCAUUUGGUCGCGAUCAACAAGGUGGACUGCGCCUCGACCAUGCACACGUUUAGCGUCAAGGCCGUGGACCGUCUGUGUGAAAAGUACCGCGAUAUUUGGAAUGCGACUGUGACGUCGACGCAAAAACAAGUGCGUGCGUACAACCGGCACCAGCGGCACAGCACCGCGCUCGUGCCCCAAGUUGGCGCCAAUAGCCCAAUCUUUGUGCGGCAGCGCCAUCCCGAUUCGAAAGAAGAACACCCGAAUUACCAAUUUCCGAGCCUCGAGCGUUCGGCGUGGACAGCGACAAACGCCGUGGUCGCCAAAGCCCAGCGCGGCUGCGACCCCGCGACGACCAACUUUUUACUCUCGUCGUCGACGUCAUCGCCGACGCUUGGGUCCAAGGCUUCGAUGAUGUCUUCCCUGUCGGCGUCCGUGUCGUCGUCGACAGGCUCGAUGAAGAGCCUCCCGCGCCUCCCACCGCAAUAGAACACGACAGGCCAUUUCCAACAUUAUAUAUUGUACCACAGUCCGUAGAUAGGCGUUUGUAUUCCAUGGUCUAAUUUGCGGCUCACUGCUUGAUGAGUGGUUGCCACGUGCACUG